UGACACGCCAGCUUCUGCUCUGAAGGAGCUUGGGGUUUUGGUCUUUGGAAUUGGAACAAGGAGCUCUGAUAGCAGAGAAUUGCAGAGGAUAUCACAUGAUCCCAGUUACGCUCUGUCUGUCUCAGACUUUACUGACCUUCCGAGCAUCCAGCAGCAACUUCUGUCCUCGGUGGAGGCAGUGGUUAUUGAUGUUACUCCAGAAUCACCAACAGUUUUAGGUAUGUGUUAUCACUGUGAAUGAAGAGUCAGGAUGUGUUAACAAAAUGGCCGCUGAGUCUUAGAAACGACUAUAUCAUUUGGCCAAAAACACCACAUUUGAUCAGUUUGAUUGACAUAAUCUAUUUAUUUUCUCAGUUGAUCAUGACACCGCCAGAAAGGAUGUGGUAUUCCUUCUGGAUGGUUCUGAUGGCACAAGGAAUGGAUUCCCAGCAAUGCGUGAUUUUGUUCAGAGAGUAGUAGAGAAACUCAAUGUGGGAGGAGACAAAGACCGCGUUUCUGUGGUCCAGUACGGUAGAGAUCAAGAAGUGAAUUUCUAUCUGAACACAUACACCACGAAGGGCGACAUUCUUGACAUCGUCAGAGGUCUGAGGCACAGAGGAGGUAGACCCCUCAACACUGGGGCAGCCCUCCAGUAUGUAAGGGACAACGUCUUUACUGCCUCCUCGGGAAGCAGAAGCCAAGAGGGUGUCCCUCAGAUGCUGAUACUGCUGAGUGGCGGGAGGUCCAAUGAUAAUGUUGAUAUACCAGUUUCUGCCCUGAAAGAGAGUGGGGUCUUGAUCUUUGCCAUUGGAAACAGAAAUUCUAGCAAAGAGGUUCAAAGGAUUGCCUCUGACCCCAGUUAUUCCCAGUCUGUUUCUGAAUUCUCUGAUCUCCCCAGCGUCCAGGAUAAGUUUUUCUCCUCACUCAUUACUGUACACGUUGGCGCCACACCCAUUUCCCCAACAGUCAUAGUGGACCUAAGCAUCGCCAGAAAGGAUGUAGUAUUCUUGCUGGAUGGUUCUGAUGGCACUAGGAAUGGCUUCCCAGAAAUGCGUGACUUUGUUCAAAGAGUAGUGGAGAAACUCACUGUAGGGGAGAACAGAGAUCGAGUCUCUGUGGUACAGUAUAGCAGAGAACCAGAGGCCCACUUCUAUCUGAACACUUACACAAGAAAAGAAGAGGUUGUUGACACCGUAAGAGGGCUGAAGCACAAAGGAGGGAGACCCCUCAACACUGGAGCAGCUCUCCAGUAUGUCAGGGACUACGUCUUUACUGCCUCCUCUGGAAGUAGGCGCCUUGAAAGUGUUCCACAGAUUCUGAUACUGCUAAAUGGUGGAAGGUCCUUUGACAAUGUAGAUAAACCAGCUUCUGCUCUCAAGGAGCUCGGUGUCUUGGUGUUUGGAAUUGGAACAAGGAGCUCUGAUAGCAGAGAAUUACAGAAGAUAUCCUAUGACCCCAGUUAUGCUCUCUCCGUGUCUGAAUUUACUGACCUCCCCAACAUCCAACCGCAGCUUCUUUCUGCCAUGAACACUGCCAUUAUACAGGACACAACCAUGACACCAACACUAAUACCAACAAUAGUAGGUAAGAAAAAUAUGGUUUUGAUCUGUUCCAGUUCAUCUUUUACAUUAGGAUAGAGUAGUUGAUAGCUUAGAACACUUGUGUAGAUUCCCCUGAGGCCUUUCAUGUGGUUUCAUUUCAUACCUCUGUACCAAUGUUCCCAAUGAUAUAGCUCAGGCCAAUGCACAAAUUGUCACUUUCUUUGAAUAGUUGUUUGUGAUAAGUGAAAGGGAUGACUUUCAUGUGACAGAAGCAGCUUUGUCCUGUUUUCCCUUACCUAUGCCACAUGUAAUAUGACUCUUUAUCUGAACCUUCACAUUCCCUAGUUGAGAGUCAGGCUCCCAGGAGGGAUGUUGUGUUCUUGCUGGAUGGAUCUGAUGGCACUAGGAGUGGAUUCCCAGCCAUGCGUGACUUUGUUCAAAGAGUGGUGGAGACACUCAGUGUGGAUGAGAACAAAGAUCGCG